UUAGGAAUAGCAAUGUUCUGUAGGUAAUGAGUGAUUUAUUGCCUAAUAUAUCACUUCAAUCGUUCUUACGAAUAAACUCAGUGCUAUGCAAACUAGGACAUUAGCGACUUGCUGAGCAAGAACACUGUAUGUCUUUGCGAGAACCUUUACACUUGAAGGCGCCUUGUAGUUUUUGUCUAAGUGGAGAUGUGUAUUUACUUUCGGUCAUUUGUUGUUGUGCUAACGUGGCGCCCUCUCUUCAAUUGUUCGCAGUACAUGGCUGGUUACCCUAUAAAAUUGCAUUAAUGUUAAAAAUAUUUCUGCCCUCCUGGCAACAAAGAAACCUUGGCUCAUGUUUGUUUUUGUCUGCAGCUGUGAAGUUGUUGGCCAAUAUAUGUAUAAGCAUCAUGACUAAUAUUCAACACCUCACGAUCAUGACAGGAACAAUAGUGCUUAAGCAAGUCCUCCUAAAGCAUUCAACACCAUGUAGGGACGGUGUCUGACAUGUAACUAAACAUCUGUGGAAAUAUCAAUGCAGCCUGAAUAAUGAGACUUGUUUCACACCACUGGUUGCUUUUACAGACUCGAAACCAACGCAACAAAUUUCGGCAAGAGAGCAUUGACACCUUGCAAACGCGAUGACCGACAUGGCCAGCGCAAUGGCCGAGAACUUCCGAGUACCCGGCUGGCUUUGUCGUGCCGCUGGAGUCUUCUUCAUCGAGAACCUUCAGGCAGCUGACGUAGACGAUAUGGUAGUCAGAUGGAAGUCCUGGUACACUUUGUACGCUUCAGCCUGCCUCUUAACCUUCGGAUCCAUAAACAUAGACUUUGUCGCCACGAAUAUGAUGCGGUUGUCACCGAAAGCCCGGACCUUCACGAAAGCUCUCUUCAUCGUAGUCCCGUUAUCCGUGUCGGCAAAAGUCGUGACGAAUAUCUUCAGCGCGAUCCUCGGCUCGCGCAAAAUGAGGGAGUUUUUUAGGAACGCCGCAAAUCAUGAGAUGCAGACGUCGUUCUGGCGCCAAAGGUACCGCUACCGCUCUGGGAUAUCCUACGUCCUAAGGUUCUUUAUGAUUGGAGCCUUCGUGGGGAACGUUGUCGUCACCUCACAUAUGAUAGUCAGCACAGCAGGCUUCGGGAGCAACUACUACUUGGACCUCUUGAGGGUGACCACUAUUAUCGGGAAUUUUUUCUUCUUCUUCUACGACAUGCUCCAUUCGUUUACCUUGAGACCUUGCUGCGAAGUGUUGAUCGCCUACGUACGACACCAACAUGCCAUAAUCCGGGCAGUUGUGCCCACGGAGAAUCAUGCGAUCACGUGUCCUCUGGGAAUGUCGGGAGUGGCGGAACUUCACAGGGUGAAGUCAAACCUGCGGUGCGUUGCAAAGCUUCGGGAACUUCUCAACGAUAUCUGGCAGUACUCUCUAGCGGUAUCAUCUGCCGCUGUGCUUAUCGUGGGAUGCAUCUGCGUCUACUGCACCUUCGAUAGUGGGAUGCCUCUGAACCAAAUCCUGUUGACCUCGUCAUACUUUGUGUACUCGGCUAUGGACUUUAUUGACGUGGCCCGCUUAAGUGAUGCGAUGGCAAGCGAGGUUCGAGCUUUGAAGGACACACUAGCGACGGCAUCAAUGCACCGGAGCUCCGCUGCCGAGUUGCGUGAGGUUGCCCAUCUCUACAUUUCCAUCUGCCCUGAAGACAUGUCACUGAGUGGGGGCAGCUUCUUCAGUCUUGACUUACCUCUGCUUGUGUCGAUUGGUGGCUCCAUUAUCACCUACUCCGUUAUUCUGGUACAAACGAGCGAUGAUGUGCAACACCAACAAGUUGCUCAUACAAACCACACUUGAUUGAGUACAUUGUUAGUGCCCCAUCUAAGGGAGCCACGCUUUCCUCUGUGCCAGCGCGAACGAAAAACAUAGAUGAACGUGGAAGUUUAGAUCAAUCCAAUAUUUACAAUGGAGUGCGAGUCCUGUUUUUACUUUUGAAAUGUUACUGUUCAAUAAAGUCAACACUUGUGCAUGUUACCUUGUUGUCACUGUUAACGUCGGUGUUCAAAUAAAUGUUACUUUUUACGUUCA